CGCUGCAUUACUUCACUCUCUGCCAUUGCAGCUGCCACUGCUGUUGCUGAUCUCAAAGAAAAACUUUCAAAAACCCCACCAACAACCACCAAGCUUGGGAUCUCAAUCCAAAGUCCAAACCCACCAUGACCCACCUCACUCUCCCUCUCCUCGUCUCCCUCCUCUCCCUCUCUGUUCUCAUCUUCCUCCUCCUCUUCCUCCCUCCGCCACCGCCCCCCACCACCACCCUAACCCUCCACCGCCACUUCCCUUCCAACCCCCUCCCACCUCCCCCCAAGCUCGCCUACUUCAUCUCCGGUACACACGGCGACUCCCCCCGCCUCCUCCGGCUGCUCCGGGCCCUCUACCACCCCAACAACCAGUACCUCCUCCACCUCGACCGCCGCGCAACCCCGCAAGAGAGGGUGGAGCUUUCCGCCUCUGUUGGGUCUGUUGCAGUCUUCGCCGCUGCAGAGAAUGUUAAUGUUGUUGGGAGCGCUGAUGCGGUGAAUCUCGACGGCUCCACGCCCAUUGCUUCGCUGCUUCGCGGUGCCGCCAUUUUGUUGAGAUAUUGCAGCGAUUGGGAUUGGUUUGUCAAUCUUGAGGCUUCUGAUUACCCCCUCAUUUCUCAGGAUGAUUUGCUGCAUAUUCUAUCUUUUGUGCCAAGGGACUUCAACUUCAUCGAGCAUACCAGUAAUAUUGGUUGGAAUGAGUAUCAAAGAAUUAUCCAAAUUGUUGUUGAUCCUGGCCUUUAUCUUGCAUCAAAAAGGGGAAUUUUUCUGGGUACCAAAAGGCGGGUGCUGCCAAGACAAUUCCGGUUUUUUACAGGUUCUCCACAAGUAAUUCUGAGUCGCAAGCUGGUCGAGUUCUCCAUCCUGGGAUGGGACAACUUCCCGAGAACACUCCUCUUGUUCUUCGCAAACAUUAAAUCCUCUCACAGAGGCUACUUCCAAACCCUUGCCUGCAAUGCCAGGGAGUUCUCUAACACGGUCAUGAACUCCAACUUAAGGUACAUGGCAUGGGACAACCCUCCUGGAAAAGAGCCAAGAAAUCCAAGGGUGUCUGAUUUGAAGAAGAUGCUGGGAAGUGGAGCUGCUUUUGCUGGAAACUUCGCCCCAAAUGAUCAUGAGGUCCUGGAUUUGAUCGACUCUGUGGUGCUUCACCGGAGGCAGGGCAUGAUCUCACCAGGGGGUUGGUGUGUGGGGAGGAGAGACAGAGGCAGAGACCCUUGCCAGCACUGGGGUGACACCAACAUUCUCAGACCAGGACAUGCUGCCGAGAGAUUUGAGAAGCUUUUAUUGAGAGUUAUGGCAAACUCAACUCUCAGAUCAAAUCAAUGCAGAUGAUUUUUGGGGAUGAUGAUGAAUAGCUGCAGGAUUAAAUUUGUAAACCAUGUUGUCUAUCUCAUAUUUAGAUCCACUUCUCCGCAAGCCUGCAAUUCCUUGUGGCAGCCAUGAGAGGACCUCAUCUCCAUUCUCAGUAAGACCAUGUAUCAUAACUCAUCAUUAUGAGUACAUUAUUAUGUUGACUCGCACUCUUCCACA